AUGAAGUCCGCUGUCAUCCUCACCACCUUCCUGGCUAUGGCCAUGGCCAACCCCGUUGCCAUCGCCAACGUCGACAACACCAACACUGUCGCCAAGCGCAACGUCGAGAUCCAUGCCCGCCAGGUCGGCGGCAUUCCCCUCUCCACUCUCCCCGGCUUGGGUUCCUUGAGCGGCCUUGGCCUUCCUGGCAUCCCAAAUCUUCCCAUUACCCCGCAAAACGUUGUCUCGGUCCUCACCUCCCUCCUGGCGGGUGUUCUCAGUGUUGUUGGCAAUAUCCGCCAGGGUGUUCCCGGUGCCAGCACCAUCCCCGGUCUGCCCGCAAUUCCUCCCCUCAGCGGCGUUUCUAUUCCCGCUGUCGGCAACGGUACUCUCAGCUCGGACCAAAUUUCGGCUUUACUCGGUGCCCUCCUGGUCCAGGUCAACAACGUUAAUGCCAUCGGCAGCAACCUUCCCGGUGGCCUAAGCGGGACUCAACUCCAGCAGAUCCAGGCUAUUAUUUCCACCAUCCAGGCCCAAAUCACUCCCCUUAUCUCUGGAAAUGGCCUCCCUUCCCUUCCCGGCCUUUCCACUGGCGGUCUUCCCAACCUUGGCAGCCUCUCCACCGCCACCUCCGGUCUCUCCGGUGUCCUCAGCAUCUUGACUACUCUUCUCGGACCCCUCCUCGGUGGCCUCCUCGGUGGCCUUGGUGGCAUCGGCCGCGUCUAA